UCACACCUUGUACUAAACCCUAAUCCCAUAUUACAAUUCACAUUAUAGCAUCAAAACAUAAUUUAUAUUAGAAUUUGUAUUUAAAAAACCAUUUCUUUUUGUAAUUAAUUAUCAUGGCUAAGAAAGUGGCUAGAGUGGCUUUACUUGCAGUGGUGGUUGUUGUGGUGGUGCUACUAGCUAAAACACCAGCGACGGAGGCGGUGAAUUGUUCCCCCCUAGAGCUAGUCCCAUGUGCACCCGCGUUUAUGUCUAGCCAAGAACCAUCAAAUUCAUGUUGUGAGAAAUUGAAACAGCAAAAGCCUUGCCUUUGUGGCUAUGCUAGAAACCCAACGUACAGGAGUUAUGUUGAUUCCCCAGCUGCUAAGCGUAUAGCUUCCUCUUGCAAAGUUUACGUUAGUUGUUAAAUGCGCCAUUUACUAGAUUAAAUCAAAAUAUAACUAUA